CACCGGUGCCCUUCGCACACAUACGCAGCAGCUGGUGGCGAUCUACCUUGGGCAUACUACAUUUCAUACUGGGUAGUUGCCUUGUACGAGGGAAAGAAAAAUCAAGACAAAUAUUGAGGUCUGGGAACGGAAGUAACGGCUAUCUCGUCGAGGCUGCCCCUCUUUAGAAAGGAUAGUCAUGGACCCCUCAGCUAUGGAUUUCACGAUGCACGCGCCAGAGCAUGGAGCUCACCCUUCGACAUCAAACUUGGACCACGCAGCCCGCUCCGCUUGUCCAGCCUUGCGUGCCGCAGCAGAGAACGGGCAACCCUCGCACAUGCUUCCGCGUCACAACUAUCCUUUCGAUCCGGUCCAUAACAACUUUGCCUUUUGGCAACUGCCUCCGCCAUAUCAUCAUCCCCAUACUCAUCGAUGGCCCGUAGAAGGGCAUUCUUCCCAAUUCCCCCCGCAUAUUGUCCCGCUUGGUCCAGGGCAAAUUAGCCAACCGCAUUACACGCCAAGCGGUCCGACAACUUACAACCCCCACCAAUCCGCACUCCGAAACAGGGCCCCGAUGCCGAGUUUGCAAAGAAUUGGAGGUACUGCACCUAUUCAACACACCCAAGGAAAUCCCUCGACCUCUAAUCAAGGUCAGGCACAGGGUGGAACUGCCAGUGGAACCGGAACUGGAGGGGCUGCGCAUGGUGCAAGAGCAAACAAUCUUUUACCCUCUAUCAACACGGUCCCCCCUCCGGCUGCGUCUUCAAGUCAAAACCUUCCGCAACAAACAUUUCCCCAAACAACACGACCAAGCCAACAGUCAAUAAAUCAUAGCCCCCCUCCUCCAUUUAUUCCACGGGAUAGUGGUGUACCAUUAUCAUCCACAAUGGCCGAGACAAGCUCAUCUUCGGGCGCAAGAAACGAGGCGUCGUCCUCUUCAUCAGCUUCAUCGUCACCUCCUCGCCGGUGGCCCCCUGCAUCAAGAGCCGCGGAAAAUCCCGGAGAGUCGGCUUCGGACCCCCGUCGUACUAAUGCGAAUCGAAACAGACGAGUUAUUCACCGACUACCGUCAUAUGAUGAUACUUGGUCAAGCGACGAGGAAUCAGAUCCUGAAGCGAUUACAUUAGGCCUUUUGGAGGCCGCUGACGCUGCAGGUGCUGCUAUGUACAUCGGUCCUCUCGUUGGAGCUGCUGACGAGGAUGACCGUAUGAGGGCCCAGCAACUUGUAAGAGGCGCCGUUUCGGGCAAGAGGGUUGCUUCGAAAAAAGCCAUUACAUCACUCGAAAGUGUGACUAUCUCAAGUCUUCCAGAGAACGAGCGAACCUGCGUGAUUUGCUAUAAUGACUAUGGAGUGCAGACACCCGAAGGCGCCAGCGAAACCCCGCUGCGAUUGCCAAAGUGCAAACAUGUCUUCGGCGACCAUUGUAUCAAGAAAUGGUUUCAAGAGUCGGACAGUUGCCCCUAUUGUAGAGAUAAGGUCCCUUCGGAGCCCCAUCGAACCGCAAUGAAUGCACACAACGUUUAUCGUUUCAUUCGCCAGCAACAACAGGUUUUGCAAAUGCGACACGGACGAGACCACGAAUCCGGUCGAUCCGAGGGUGGAAUGCCGGGUAUUCAAUCGCACUUCGCUAGUAACCCAUUCCCAGAUAUUGAUUACAACGGACCAGGCGGCGCCGGUAUUUCUAGAAGGAUGGAUUAUAGUAGAAACAUGGGUUGGCACCCUGCCGGAGAGCGUCACUCACCGCUUCCUUUUAACGAUAUCGGUGAGAGCCGACGAAGGACACGCCUUCGUCACGGUAGCCUGCGAGGAUUCCCUCAGGCUCGACAACAACAUUUUGGAGCACCCGCGCCGAACAAUUCUUCUCAAGCUCAGCAACAGCAGCAGCAGCAGCAGCAGUACCCUUGGGUUGGAAGAACAAACCCUACUCAUUCGCAUGGUAGACAGAAUUCCCUAUCUUCACCAACCCCAAGUAAUCGACCUACAUUCGACGCCGGUGUUCCGUUUCCAUUCCAUCCACACAUCGCAGGACCACCCGAGCCUUACGCAAACCCGUUGAACAUGAACAAUUCAACUGGCGGCUCCGAAGAAUACAAUCACUUGGCACUGCACCCGCACUUGCGUGAUUUCGCUGCACCGUUGUCUCCCACGUUUGCUGGCCCAGAAGUUUAUAUGUCAAAUGCCGAUGAGUCAUUGUAUCCGGGAAUGAUCCCUCACCAGUUGUAGGGACAACGUGGUCAAGAGGAAAACCUAAUCCCGACAUCCUCGUACAGGUCGACCAGAAACGAAAUUGAAUCGAGCGUGG